AUAUCUACUGCUCUUCUCUCUGUGUCUAUCACCAUUUCUAUCCACUGAACUCAAUACACAAACCUUCAUUCUCUAAUGCUUCUUCAUUAAAUUUAACUUGCUUCACCUUAAUUCUGCUUUAAAUUUCUUAAAUAUAUGUGUAAUUUCGCAUAUAUAAUAGCUAAUUAGCUGGUUGGUUGCAUUAAAAUACUUUUUUUGUUCCCUCUCUCUAUCUUAUCCAGUCUUUAAAAGUUCAAGAAACCAGAAAUUUUGUUAUUUGGUGCAUACCCUUUCGCUAAUUUUAUCAAGAAAUGGCACCGAGGAACAGUCGCAGCAAGGCAAAAGGAGACAAGAAGAAGAAAGACGAGAAGGUUCUUCCAGUUGUUACUGAUAUCACAGUUAACCUCCCGGACGAGACACACAUUGUUUUGAAGGGGAUAUCGACAGACCGGAUUAUAGACGUUCGCCGGCUUUUAGCGGUGAACACAGAGACUUGCUACAUAACAAAUUUUUCACUGUCCCAUGAGGUAAGGGGCCCAGGUUUAAAGGACACAGUUGACAUUUCAGCUCUCAAGCCUUGUGUACUCACCUUGAUAGGAGAGGACUACAAUGAAGAGCUCGCAGUGGCGCACGUUAGACGGUUGCUGGACACGGUGGCCUGCACAACGUGGUUUGGUCCAUCGGCGACGGCGCAUGAUAAGUCCAAGUCUGAUUCCGGAAAAAAUGCGCAGGAUAAUAAGACGGCGAAGAAAGCCACCGUCAAAUCUCAGUCCGCUACGGCCGCCGCCGCUAAUCAAUCGUCAAUGUCGAAAGACAUACUGGUGGAUGUAGAAGGAGAGAUGAGUCACUCGUGCCCUAAGCUCGGAAGCUUCUACGAGUUUUUCUCACUCUCUCACUUAACUUCUCCUCUUCAAUUUAUAAGAAAGGCAACGAAGCGGCAGAUUGAGGAGAUUUCAGAGGACGAUCAUCUUUUCUCUCUCGAUGUGAAGCUGUGCAAUGGAAAAUUGGUUUAUGUUGAAGCUUGCAGGAAGGGAUUCUACAAUGUCGGAAAGCAAAGGAUUCUUUGUCAUGAUCUUGUUGACUUGCUUCGUCAGCUUAGUAGAGCCUUUGAUAAUGCUUAUGAUGAUCUCAUGAAAGCCUUCUCGGAACGUAACAAGUUUGGGAAUCUUCCAUAUGGGUUUAGGGCCAAUACAUGGCUUAUACCUCCUUUUGCAGCUCAGUCACCUUCAGCUUUCCCUUCUCUUCCUGUUGAGGAUGAAACAUGGGGUGGAAAUGGAGGCGGUCUUGGACGAGAUGGGAAAAGUGAUUUGAUACCUUGGGCUAGUGAAUUUUCAUUGAUUGCAACUAUGCCCUGCAACACAGCAGAGGAGAGGCAGGUUCGAGACAGGAAAGCUUUUCUCCUUCACAGCUUAUUUGUCGAUGUUGCUAUUUUUAGAGCCAUCAAGGCCGUGCAACAAGUGAGGGUGAAUCCAGAUUUAUUGUCUUUGGGGGAGGGUUGUGAAAUUAUUUACACAGAGAAAGUUGGGGACUUGAACAUCACUGUCAUGAAAGAUGCUUCCAAUGCAAGCUUUAAGGCAGACACUAAAAUUGAUGGAAUUCAAGCAACUGGAGUAGAUAAAAGAAAAUUAGUAGAGCGGAACCUUCUAAAAGGAGUUACUGCUGAUGAAAAUACUGCUGCACAUGACAUUGCAACGCUUGGUAUCGUUAACGUAAGAUACUGCGGCUACAUUGCUGUUGUGAAAGUUGAAGGGAGAGAGGAAAAGAUUAUCAGUCAUCAAUCUCAAAAUAUUGAACUUGAACAACCUGAAGGCGGUGCCAAUGCCCUUAAUAUUAACAGUUUGAGACUACUUCUUCAUAGAGCAAUACCUUCAGACUGCAGUAAAUCAGCAGUCCACUUGCAAGCUUUGGAGAAUGAUGAGUUAAGUACUUCCCAAGCUUUUGUAGAGAGAAUCUUGGAAGAAAGUCUCUUAAAGCUUGAGCAAGAGGAAUUGGAGCAGGAACAUUUUGUCCGAUGGGAACUCGGAGCCUGCUGGAUUCAACAUUUGCAAGAUCAGAAAAAUACUGAAAAAGAUAAGAAACCAUCAACCGACAAGAACAAGAAAGCUUCCACUGAGAAAGAAAUGAAGGUUGAGGGACUUGGAACACCUCUUAGGUCCCUUAAGAAUAACAAGAAAAAAGUAGAUGAAACAAAGUUAAAUCUACAGUCAGAACACUCGAGAUCUGCUAACAAUGGUAUAGUUGGUGAGGAUGAAGAUGCUAAAUCAGCUUCUGUGGAAUCUCAGCUUGAAACAAUUGUCAAAGAAAAUGAGCUUACACUUCAGAGUUUGUUAUCUGAUGCAGCCUUUACUCGACUAAGAGAAUCAGAUACUGGACUUCAUUGCAAGUCUUUGCAAGAGCUUCUGGAUAUGUCUCAGAAAUAUUAUUUGGAAGUUGCUCUUCCAAAACUGGUAGCAGAUUUUGGCUCUUUGGAACUCUCACCAGUGGAUGGCCGGACUUUAACUGAUUUUAUGCAUACUAGAGGUCUUCGGAUGCGUUCAUUGGGACAUGUUGUAAAGCUUUCUGAAAAGCUGUCACAUGUACAGUCACUCUGCAUUCAUGAAAUGAUUGUUCGAGCUUUUAAGCAUAUUCUCCAGGCUGUAAUUGCAGCUGCUGUGAGCCAUGAGAAAAUGGCUGUCUCAAUAGCUGCUGCAUUGAAUUUGAUGCUUGGGGUUCCUGAAAGAGGCGAUUCUGAUAAGUCCUACAAUGUCCAUUCUCUUGUUUGGAAAUGGCUUGAGAUGUUUCUGAAGAAGCGAUAUGCAUGGGAUCUUAGCAUAACAAACUCCAAAGGUGUCAGGAAAUUUGCUAUCCUGCGUGGAUUAUGCCACAAGGUGGGUAUUGAAUUAGUUCCAAGAGAUUUUGAUAUGGAUUCUCCACAUCCAUUCCGAAAAUCAGAUGUUGUCAGCCUAAUUCCAGUGCACAAGCAAGCAGCAUGCUCAUCUGCAGAUGGAAGGCAACUUCUGGAAUCAUCAAAAACGGCCUUGGACAAGGGAAAGCUGGAAGAUGCUGUUACCUAUGGAACAAAGGCUCUUGCAAAGCUGGUGGCAGUCUGUGGUCCCUACCAUCGAAUGACUGCAGGAGCUUAUAGCCUUCUUGCGGUGGUCUUGUAUCAUACGGGAGACUUCAAUCAGGCCACUAUAUAUCAGCAAAAAGCUUUGGAUAUCAAUGAGAGGGAACUAGGACUUGAUCAUCCUGAUACAAUGAAAAGUUAUGGGGAUCUUGCUGUGUUUUAUUACAGACUUCAACAUACAGAAUUAGCUCUCAAGUAUGUAAAGCGUGCUUUAUAUCUUCUACAUCUAACAUGCGGUCCAUCACACCCAAACACUGCUGCAACCUACAUCAAUGUGGCUAUGAUGGAGGAAGGCCUGGGAAAUGUGCAUGUUGCCCUCAGAUAUCUUCAUAAAGCUCUGAAGUGCAACCAGAGGUUGCUCGGUCCAGAUCAUAUUCAGACAGCGGCAAGCUAUCACGCUAUAGCAAUUGCACUCUCACUGAUGGAAGCAUAUCCAUUGAGUGUUCAGCACGAACAGACAACCUUGCAAAUUCUCCGAGCAAAGCUGGGUCCAGAUGAUUUGCGUACUCAGGAUGCUGCAGCCUGGCUUGAGUACUUUGAAUCCAAGGCCUUUGAGCAGCAAGAGGCUGCACGAAAUGGUACUAAGAAGCCUGAUGCGUCAAUAGCUAGCAAAGGCCAUCUUAGUGUUUCAGAUUUACUUGACUAUAUUAAUCCAAGCCGUGACACCAAAGGGAGAGAUUUUAUAUCUGUAAAGAGGAAAAGCUAUAUUGCAAAGAUUAAGGAGACAGUAGACCCAAAUGAGAAGUUACCGAGUUCCGAUGAGUCUCCAAAGGAGACGCCCCAGGAGGCUUCAGAUAAAGAGACACAAAUGCCUAUUGUUAGCCAGGAGACCAGCUCUGCCAAAGUUCAUCUCCUGCAGCCCAUCAUGGAAGAGAUUGAAGAUAAGAAAUCUGACACUGCGAAGGAAGUAUUACUGGAUAUACAUGCUGAAGGAGAAGAUGGAUGGCAAUCAGUUCAGAGGCCUAGAUCAGCUGGAUCAUAUAGGCGAAGAGUGAAGCAGCGGCGAGGAAUCAUUGGCAAGGUUUAUCAGAAAAAGAUUGUGGAUAAUAACAUGGAUUAUCCUCCUGUCAAGAAUAAUCACCAGAACAAUAAGUAUUACCUUGUAAAGAAACGACCAUUAUCUCAUGGAACUUAUGCAGAUCAUAGUGCCACAAACCCUUCCCAUACCAAAUUUGGACGGAGAAUUGUGAAAGCUGUAACAUACAGGGUUAAGUCUACUACGACAGCUGACAGAAGUGCUAGUCCGGAAGCUAACAGAACUGCUAUAACAGAAAAUACAAGAAAUGGAAGUGAAAUUAUUCCUUCAGCCUUGGAAUCUGGUCCAAUUUUGGUUUCUGCUGAUGCUGUUCAAGUGAAGAACUCAGUAGUUAGUCUUGGAAAGUCUCCUUCAUACAAGGAAGUAGCAUUGGCACCACCAGGUACUAUGGCUAAGUUUCAAGUCUGGUCUCCACAAAAUGAUAGUCCAAAUAACCAGGAAAUCAGUGUUGGAGAAUGUAAAAAAGCGACAGAAAAAGCAACUGAAAAUGCCGAUCUACCCGUAACAGAUUUGGAUGAUGCUCAUGGAGCAAAGGAUAAUAAUUCUGAUAUCGAUCCCAAUGAUCACUUGAAAAAUGUGACUGAGGUUGUUGACAGAAAAGAAAUUUGCCACUCCACAGAUGCAAAUGAAGAAAAUGUUCUGAUGGUGUCUCAGACUCAGAGCACUAUGGAUUCUGAAUCUGGUGCAGCCAAAGUUCAUGAAAUUAUUCAGAAUAACAUAUUAACUGACAGUGUAUCAAAUUCAAUUGAUUCUCCGACAAGUGAACCCCUAUACGAGAGAGAUUCACCUAGGGAGUUUGAAGCCCAAUGUAAUUCUAGCUCUACCUUGCCUAUAGUGGAGGAUAUCAAGGACAGGGCAAUGCUGGAAAAUUCAGGUGAGACCCGUGGACUCCAAAAUAAGAAGUUGUCUGCUUCUGCAGCUCCGUUUAAUCCAUCACCAGCUAUUCCUCGUGCUGUGCCAGUUCCCUUGAAUAUUCCUCUAUCUUCUGGUCCUGGUUCUGUUCCAGCUGUUGCACCAUGGCCUGUAAACAUGACUCUGCACCGAGGGCCUGCUGCUAUCUUGCAUGCAGUUAGUCCAAUGCCCUCCCCUCACCAUCUCUACCCAUCACCUCCUGCAACCCCAAACAUGAUGCAGCAGUUGCCCUUUGUUUAUCCUCCUUACAGUCAAGGCCAAGCGGUGCCAACCAGUACAUAUCCUGUAACCAGCAGCAGUUUUCAUCCUGCUCAUUUCUCUUGGCAGUGCAAUGUGAGCCAUAAUGUUUCAGAGUUUAUUCCUAGCACAAUGUGGCCUGGCUGCCAUGCAAUGGAGUUCUCUGUCCCUCCUCCUGUUGCUGAGCCAAUUUCUGAUCCUCUGUUAGAGCCUAAAAUGCAAUUUGAAAAUUCUGGAAGCACAAGCCCACCUCCAAUUCUUCCAGUAGAGAUUGACAAUGUUGGUGAGGCUAAGACAGAGCUGAACCUUCUAGCACCAGAGGGAAUGGAUACUGCAAAUGAAGUAGCUGGAGUUGGGUCAGAAAACGUAGGGGAAGAUGUUCAUUCAGUUCUAGGCGAUGUUGCAGUUUCUGGCAUUGAAAACAAAAGCUUUAUAGAAAAUACGAGCAACACUGAUGAAAGGAAGAUUGAGGGGGAAAAAACAUUUAGCAUUUUGAUAAGGGGAAGGAGAAACAGAAAGCAGACUCUGAGAAUGCCAAUAAGUUUGCUUAAUCGGCCAUAUGGCUCACAAUCUUUUAAGGGGAUAUAUAACAGAGUAGUAAGAGGUAGCGAGUCCCCAAAAUCUACCUGCUUUCCAUCAAGUGGGGACUGUACUGCUGGUGCCGUCUAAUCUUUGGCCAGAAAUUCGGGAGAAGUAGAAAAUCUGAAGGUUUGUUUCAUUUGAUUACCAGGGAGAUACAAGUUCUGGAACAUUUUCAUUCAAAGUCAAACAACCUUCUGGAAGAGGGCAGUGCUUCUUGAUCUAUAUUGUGUCCUGUCCAUGCAAUGGAGACUGGAGAUGGAGGAAUGUCUACUUCGUGAAAGGUCUAUACAAUUGGUUGUUCAUCUUCGUACCUUUCCAUAUUUUUGCCGAGGUGACAAUUUUGUCUGACAGUUGUAAAAUUCCUAAUAAUUGAUAGAAACUUGAAGUACUUGGUAGGAUUAGCUUAAGAUAGUUCAUUUUACAUUUUUGGAUGACAUUGAGUUUAAUUUGAUUGAGUUGUACAUAACUAGAAUCGUUCCAUUCCAAUGGACACUGGCACUUUGUGCUCGUAGUCAUUAGAAGUAUUUUGAUUGCUGGUUGUUUUUUGGGAUAGUACUGACAUAUCCAAAACAUUCUGGUAGAAAUAAAAAAGAAAUUUCUCCA